AUUGAUCAUAUAUCCUCCGGCAACCUCACUAAAUGCUCACUCCAUCUCUGUCUCUAAGAGGAAAAAAAUAACAAAAAGAAAGAUACCCCAACCCGUCUUAUUAAGAAAAUAAUUAACCUUGGACCCAUCGCUCCUUUUUUGUCCCCUUUCUUAGCUUCACACCAUUACCCUAAGCUUUCCUCAUCAUCUCAUUUCACUAUCAUAAUUUCAUCUAUAUUUUCUGCGUUACUUUCUAUCCUUCACAACAUAGUUUCCAUAUUCAAACUAUCUCUAUCUAUCAACUAAUUUAUCAUGAGGUUACGGUGGUUGUUAGACACAUGCUCCUCCGCCAACAACUGCGCCACGGCCACCCACAACUCAACCAUCUCACUGCAUCCAUCCAAGAAACAACAACAUGCAUCAGACUCAAGCACUUCUUCUUCUUCAACCCUAACCUCCGACGACAGCACCUCAACUCUUUAUAGCAACUACUCAAUACAAACACUUCCAUCAGUUCCAUCUCUCCAAAAACUCUCUUCUCAAAACCUCAACAACUUCUCCGUCUCCUACCACUGCAUCACCUCUCUCACACCCCACUCUUCCCGCCCUAUCACAUCGCUUGCCCUCCACAACAACCUCCUCUACGCAGCUACGGAAAAUCAAAUCAACGUCUACGAUCGUCAAACGUGCACUUAUCUCCAUACCUUCAACACCAAAUCCAUUUCCUCCGGUUCAACUAAAACCAUUGCCUUCUCUAAAGACAUGGUCUUCACCACUCACCAAGACUGUAAAAUCCGCGUCUGGAACCACCACCACCACAAAAACAACAACAACCACCGGAAGUUAACCACUCUUCCCACUGUCAACGACCGUUUCCGCCGUUUCCUCCUCCCAAGUAACUACAUCAACAUCCGUCGCCACGUAAAACGUCUCUGGAUUGAACAUGCCGACGCCGUCACCGACCUUGCAGUUUCAAACGGCGUUAUCUACUCCGUUUCAUGGGACAAAACACUCAAAAUAUGGAGAAUCUCUGAUCUUCGUUGCUUAGAAUCCCUCAAAGCACACGAAGAUGCGGUCAACGCGGUUGCAGUUUCUAACGAUGGAACAGUGUACACAGGAUCAUCCGAUAAACGAAUCCGCGUUUGGGCGAAACCCGUCGGUGAAAAAAAGCACGUUCUAGUUGCAACUUUGGAGAAGCAUAAAUCAGCGGUUAAUGCUUUAGCCCUAAACGACGACGGUUCGGUGCUAUUUUCAGGUGCAUGCGAUCGUUCAAUAUUAGUAUGGGAACGAGAGGAUAGUGCGAAUCAUAUGGUUGUGAGUGGGGCUUUGAGGGGGCAUCAGAAAGCGAUACUUUGUUUGAUCAACGUUUCUGAUUUGUUGCUGAGUGGUUCUGCUGAUCGGACGGUUAGGAUUUGGAAACGGGUUUAUGAUGGUUCGUUUUGUUGUGUUGGUGUUCUUGAUGGUCACCGGAAACCGGUUAAGUCGUUAGCGGCAAUUCAAGAGUAUAAUGAUGAUGAUGAAAGUCAAAGUUCUCCUAACGGUGUCGUUUCUGUUUUUAGUGGUUCAUUAGAUGGUGAAAUAAAGGUUUGGCAACUUUCUAUUGGGUGUGAUCUGGCCUCUCAGGGUCAAUCAAUAUUUUCUGAAUUCCUAGAAUAGAAUGCUGUAAUAAAAUCAGAGUAUAUGAAAAGAAGAAGUACAAGUAGUGAACAAGGACAAAGUACAAACUAGUAUUUGAUUUAUAUUUUUAUUUUUAGUGUAAAUUUCAUUCCCCUCAAAGAUGUUCGAAUUACACUCCUCUUCACACUCAUGUUAAAAUAUACACUUCUCUCCUUCGAAAAGUAAAAUUUAUAUUCUCCUUCCUUAUAAAA